AUGUCCAGCACCGAUGGCCAACCAGACUCUCUCAACGGCCACUCCGGCUUCAUCCUCGCUGUCUUCUGCGUCGUCUCCAUCUUGGUUAUCUGGCCGAUCAAGAUUCCGCUACAGGCACCCCUGCAACGGCUUCUUCUCUCCACGCUUGUGAAUACCAGGGUUAUCAGACUGAGUGAGCACAGAAGCCUGUCUAGUCGCCAACUUCAUGUCCAUUUGUCUCUCACGACAGCCCCCGUCAUCGCCGUCGUUCUGCUCCUUGCGACAACAACUAUUCAUGGCUCUACGAUCAGACUUGGUAUUGUGGGAGACGAGACGGUCAAACCAUAUGACGUUCUUGUUCUCUUCAUUUCCCUCGCCUACAUCUCUAUCGCCCUUGACGGUACUGGUGCCCUCGAGGCCACUGCAUUCUAUGUCUCCAAACGCGGUGGCAGCUCUGGCCGAUUGCUGUUCACUUAUCUGUACGCCUUCUUUCUACUCACGGCAUGUGUCGUGGGCAAUGAUCCGCUCAUUCUCUCCGGCACACCGUUCUUGGCAUAUCUGAGCCAGCAUACGGGCCUUGAUCCGACGGCCUGGGUGUUUGCCGAGUUCAUGGCUGCAAACACUGCCUCCGCGGUGCUGGUGAGCAGCAACCCGACCAACAUUCUCAUCACAGGUAGUUUUGGACUCAACUACUUGACCGGCUUUACCAAGUGGACCGUUCUUCCCUCUCUGAUUCCGGCGGCCUUGAACUAUCCCAUUCUUCUCGGCAUGUUCUGGAAGAGGAUCCCCAAGACGCUGACACCCUUGACGGACGACCCGUGGAGCAAACUCCGUGACCGCACAGGUGCGUUCUUCCUUAGCGCGUUGAUGCUGGUCACCGUGUCGGUGCUCGUUGGUACGAGCUUCGUGCCAGGCCAUGCGGUGGAGGUCUGGAUGGUGACGGCGCCCGCCGGUGUGUUGGCAUUGCUCUUCAACGUUGUAAGCGACUGGCUUCACCCCGAGGUUGGUCGGGAAAUUGUGCGACACCAAUCGCGAGAUUCCGCGGCAGAGAUGGAGGAGAUGGAGGACAGAAGAUCAGGGCCAAUCCAAAUCCACGUCUCGGCAGGCGAUCAACCGGAGGAGCCUCCAGUUCUAGAGAACGGAGGGUACCCGUCACCCAAGCCGUCUGGGUCCUCAUCGCCAUCGCCACCGAUCCUGGCAAAAGACACGGAAGACACCCGAGCCAAAGACAAUACCCGGUGUACUGAAUCUACUCCUCCUCGACCACUUUCUCUUCCCCCUUCUGCAAGGUCUCGACACAACAAGGAAUCUGUGGCCCCUCCGGACCCCAGCACCAAGGACGAUCACACAUCGCUUACCUCUCUCCUUCGCGCGCUGUCGUCACGCUUCCCCUCCACAGCGCACACCGUCUCGCUGCUCCCGAUCCCGCUCCUGCCUUUCGCCAUGGCCGAGUUCAUCCUCGUCCGCGGCCUCUCCCAGCGCGGCUGGAUCCGCGUCUUCGCGAUCGGGUUCGCGCGGGCAUGCACGUCGCCCGCCGCGACCGUCUUCUUCUUCGGCUUCGUCAGCGCGGCCUUCCUGUGUCCGCUGGCCGGGACGAACAUCGGCGCGACCAUCAUCCUGGUCGAGAUCCUCCGCGAUGCGCAGUUCGCGCAGUCCGCAAACGUGCAGCGCGACCCGCGCGUCCUGCCCGCCGCCGUCUACAGCGUCGCCAUGGGCAGCAACAUCGGCGCUUUCAGCUACACGUUCGCCGGCUCCCUGGCCGGCCUGCUGUGGAGGGGCCUCCUCGCCCACAAGGGCGUGCGCGUGAGUCAGUGGAAGUUUGCCCGCGUGAACAUGCUGCCGCUGCUGAUGCAGAUUGUCGUAUCCAGCGCCAUUGUGCUGGGCGAGGUCUACUGGUUUGCAUAG